GGUGGUGUCUCUCUGUAACGCUGGACGGAGAGGAGAGUUUACCCUGCUGUCUCACACCGACUACACUUUUUCUCCGUCUCUCAUCUGGAGUUUAUGCAGGAUACUUGGGCCAGCCAGGGAGUGGCCCUUCAGGCUGGGGCUGGAAUGUGCUGUUAGCCGAGUGGGAAAACUUGCUUUUAUGUUGUAGGUUUUGCUCUGUACUCCCUUUUGCCUCCUGCUCUCCUUGAGCUCCCGGUCAAGCUUAUUUCCAGACUGGAUAAGUUUCCCGGAAUACCUUACUGGAUUUUUUUUAACCUCCUCCUUGUGAUUGAUUUUCUUUUAGUGUUUCUUUGGGAAGCCGUUAUUUGGAUAUUUUAAAUGGAGUAUCUAAAAGUGAAACCGUGAGAACCAUUGGAGCUGUAUUUUCAUCUGAGCCAACUCUAAAAUUGGUUCAGAUUCUUGACCGGUCGGAGCCCUCUGGUAUGGGCUGUUUUGUUUGUAUGGAAGCGCAAUGAAGAGUCCCUGUGCUCCCCAUGUCGCCCACUGCUAGGCUACAACCUGUGUACUCAUGGAAGGGGGUGUUCAAGCUCUUCACAUGUGUAGCUGCCCGAACGGCCAACAAGCCUAAAGAGGUCCACACAUUUCAAGAGAAAGAGCUAGCCUUACUGGGGAAUCAUAUGGACGAAGAAAUGAGUCGCCAGACUGCCACCGCGCUGCCCACAGGAACCUCCAAGUGCGCCCCCUCUCAGCGUGUGUCGCAGCCGCUGACGGGCACCACCGCCUCCAACAGUGACCUCGCCAGUCUGUUCGAAUGCCCGGUAUGCUUCGACUACGUGCUGCCACCCAUUCUUCAGUGCCAGAGCGGUCACCUGGUGUGCAGCAACUGCCGGCCCAAGCUGACGUGCUGCCCGACGUGCCGCGGCCCCCUGGGCUCCAUCCGCAACCUGGCCAUGGAGAAAGUAGCCAACUCGGUUCUGUUUCCGUGCAAGUACGCUUCGUCGGGCUGCGAGGUGACCCUGCCGCACACAGACAAGGCCGAGCACGAGGAGCUGUGCGAGUUCCGGCCGUACUCGUGCCCGUGCCCGGGCGCCUCGUGCAAGUGGCAGGGCUCCCUGGACGCCGUCAUGCCGCAUCUCUUGCACCAGCACAAGUCCAUCACGACGCUGCAGGGCGAGGACAUUGUCUUUCUGGCCACGGACAUCAACCUCCCGGGUGCCGUGGACUGGGUCAUGAUGCAGUCCUGCUUCGGCUUCCACUUCAUGCUGGUGCUGGAGAAGCAGGAGAAGUACGACGGCCACCAGCAGUUCUUCGCCAUCGUGCAGCUCAUCGGCACGCGCAAACAGGCGGAAAACUUCGCCUACAGGCUCGAAUUGAACGGCCACCGGCGGCGCCUCACCUGGGAGGCCACGCCACGGUCGAUCCACGAGGGCAUCGCCACGGCCAUCAUGAACAGUGACUGUCUGGUGUUCGACACCUCCAUCGCCCAGCUGUUCGCCGAGAACGGAAACCUAGGCAUUAACGUCACUAUAUCCAUGUGCUGAGGACUGACCACACAUACACUCACAUCUACAAAAGCAUAAGCAUACACUCAACAUUUCAGAACCGUUGGGGAGGGGUGAUCCGACUGAAAGAGCCUCUCGCUGCUGAACGUUCCGAGUACACGAUAGAACUGGCAUUUAUCAAAGCUUGGCACAGCCAGCAACUGGACCUCCCGCCCCUGGUUUUCGAUUUUAUGCUACCAUAUUCUAAUAAGUUAAAUAAUUAAACUAAUGUAUUCUAGCUCUUUUGAAGGCAACAUCGCCCUUCAAGAUGGUAAGGAGUCUUGUGAAGCGGACUCUUCGCACUUGCAGCAUUGUUUAAAAAGAUGGGUGAAGGAUGGCGCAGUAGGAUAGCACGUCUGGGUUUUGGGGUGGGCUCUACAAACGGUUAAAUGAUCAAUUGUCCCUAGAUAUUGUCGUUAACACCCCGUUAAUCCUCUCCUGACUUUGCAUUUUUAGUUCAACCAAAACACUAAUUUUUUAGUUUUCAUUCAGCCCGUUUUUUUGGUUUGUUUUCGUCCCCCCCCCCUCCCUCCCUUUCUCUUUGGAAGGAUACUGAAGAUGCUUGCAUGACCACUGGCUGAGGCUUGAUGCGUCCGGAUUUCAUUAGAGAUUCCUCACUGUACGUGCAGUGUUCGUCCCAGGUUUUUUCUCUGUGCGAUGGGUUUUGUAAGAAGCACAUCUGGUUUGUCCUUAAAAGCCACUCUCCUCCUGAAAUGUUCAGCUUCUUUCCCAACAGACGAACUUGUGACUUCUGACCAGGUGCUUUAACAGCAGCCUGUUAUGAAUGGUAAGUCCUUUUAAUCAAAACUGCUAAAAACUACAAGAUGCAUGACUCUUUGCAGGGGGCGUAUGAUGCAUCGUGUCAGCCUGGAAAUUAUGAUCUCUUCAAAUCCUGUAUAUCGGACUACGAACGGGGGCGAUUUUUUACCGUCGUUAUCGAUUUAUUGUUAUCAUUUUGUUACGACCUAAAAAGGAAUGAAAAGGCUGGUGUAACAUUGUGGCUAAUCUUCAGUGUUUGUAUAUAGUGUUGUUGUUCAGAAGACUCGUCUUUUGUUCUUUUUGUAAGUACAGAUUUUUGUUGUUUGUGCGUCUUUCUGUUUUUGUGAGGAUUGGGUAAAACAAACGCCAAACAUCUCUGUGGAUAUGUUGUACUGUUGCUCGUCCUGAUCUGUUUUUAUUUAGUUUUAAUGUUUGUUUUGUUCUAUUUUGCCAUUAAAUAAAUCUAUCUUUUUCAUAA